UCUCUUUUUUCCAUUUGGAGUGGUUCCUUCCUUCAUAAUCAUGAAUGAGGAGUAGAGAUUGGCAUGUAAUGCAUGAAUCUGCCUCUUAUUUUUAAGUACUCUAGCUAGUAACAACUUUUUAAAGCAACUUUUGGACUCUUUAACAUUAUAAAUAACCCUCUAAUGAUAUGCCAUUUCCACCACCACCUACUGAAAAUUAAGUAGAAAUCCUUCCCUGAGUAUAACAUUAGGAAAAUAAAUCCUAAUAAUGAACUCAAAGAUGACGUGUAGAAGAUCAUCAUUUAGAAACUCCUCAACAACUGGCCUUAUUGUUAAGAGAUCAGCUGCUGCUCCAAAACCAACGGAAGUAGCAGCAACAGCAGAAGCAACAUUAUCAUUGUUGCCUCAUUCUCAAUCAACCAAAUUCACACAAAGAAGUCAUAGUCGAGGAGGUAAUUAUGGAAAUGAUCAUCAUCAUAACAUACACAGGGCUGCUGAGCCUAUAAUUGAAUUCCCUGUGUCUCCUGACGCUGAUGUUCUUUUGCUUGGAGAAGGGAUUACAAAUUCCAACCACCCACAACACAAAAUGGUUCAUGUGAACCUUCCGAACCCCUUCACUUGCAUGGGCUGUAAGGAGUAUGGUGCUGGCUCACGUUUCACUUGCCAGCAAUGCAAUUUCGAGCUUCAUGACUUUUGUGCUUUAGCUCCUCUUGUUCUCAAGGCCCACCCUCUCCACUCUCAGCACCAACUUGUUUUCAUUCCUAAGCCUGGUAAAGGAGGACUCAUGAGAUCAAAAUGUGAUGUAUGUGGAAAGUCUGCAAAGGGAUACAUGUUUCACUGCAGUGCCUGUAGCUUCCAGUUACACCCUUGCUGUGCGAUGCUAUCAGCUAAGAUGAGUUUCCCCACCCACCCUCAUUCUCUCAUCAUCUUACCAGCCACUGCAAAUUUAGCUAGUCCAGGUGAUCAUAUGUUGUGCAGUGAGUGCAAGAAGAGAAGAGCAGGAAAACUUUACCAAUGCACAGUGUGUGACUACUAUCUGCAUGCUGUGUGUGCAAAGAGUAUGGUGAAUGGUCUCCAUGCCAACGGCAUCAAAGGUCUUGAGAACGGGAAACCCAGCAUGCUUGGUGUGGCUGCUAAAAUUGCAUCUCAUGUUGUUGUAGGGCUCAUGGGAGGAAUCGUUGAAGGUAUUGGAGAAGGAUUAGGGGAAGCUCUGACUCAGAAUUUCCUCAAAGGAAGAUGUAACAGCACAAGGAUAUCCAGGAUUUCUGAGUGAAUAGUUACCUAAAAAUAUCAACUAUGGAGAUGCAAGUGUGUAUGUUUGUAAAAUUAUGUAUGAUCCAAUUAAUUUCAGUAGCAUUCUAGUAUAAUUGGUUGUAAAAUAUAUGUAUGCUGCUAGUGUAUCAGUAUUUAUUCUAGUAUAAUUGGUUGUAAAAUAUAUGUAUGCUGCUAGUGUAUCAGUAUUUAGUCUGUUGUUAGUGCCAAAGAAUUUCAGUAAAGUAGAGCUGACUUCUAGUAUAUAUGAGUAUAUCCCAUGGCUUCAAUCCGGGAUCGAGGCAUGUAAGGCUCCAACGGACGCCUCCCACAUAUUACUGAGAUAGGAGAACUAUGGGCUAUGGGUCUCAAGAGUUAUCUAUAUGGAGAAAAUAUUGUGUGGCGGAUAGAGUUUUAAUAUUUGGGUAUGGAUUAUUCUUCAAAAUCAAGCUAAAAAUAUAAUCUAAUUUAUUUAUUGGUUA